AAACUGAAACUUAAGAGCAGCUGAGCUGUCGUGUGUUUGUUUCUCUGUACUCUUGCAGUAAAAUGGCAGAAGCCAGAUUUUCUCAGGAGGAGUUCUUGUGUGCAGUGUGUCUGGAUCUCCUGAAGGAUCCUGUGACUACUUCCUGUGGACACAGUUACUGUAAGAUCUGUAUUACAGGCUGCUGGGAUCAGGAGGAUCAGAAGAGAGUCUACAGCUGUCCUCAGUGCAGACAGACCUUCAGUCCAAGACCUGAUUUAGCUAGAAACACCAUGCUGGCUGAAGUGGUGGAGAAACUGAAGAAGACCAGACUCUCUGCUGACUGUGACGCUGGAGCUGGAGAUGUUCAGUGUGACGUCUGUACUGACACAAAGUACAAAGCCGUCAAGUCUUGUCUGGUGUGUCUGAACUCUUACUGUCAGAAUCACCUUGAACAACAUGAGAUUUUCUUUAAAGGGAAAAGACACAAUCUGACUGAAGCCACUGGACGACUGCAGGAGAUGAUCUGCCAGAAACACGAGAAGCUCCUUGAGGUUUUCUGUCGCACUGACCAGAAGUGUAUUUGUGUGCUGUGUAUGGAUGAACAUAAAAACCAUGACACUGUGUCAGCUGCAGCACAGAGGGCAGAGAAACAGAAACAGUUAAAGGACGUGCAGAGGACAAUCCAGCAGAGAAUUCAGCAGAGAGAGAAAGCUCUUCAGCAGCUGAGAGAGGCUGUGGAGUCUCAUAAGUGCUCGGCACAGACCGCAGUGGAGGACAGUGAGAGGAUCUUUACUGAGCUCAUCUGCUCCAUUGAGAGACACCGCUCUGAGGUGACACAGCGGAUCAGAGAUCAGGAAAAGACUGCAGUGAGUCGAGCUGAAGAACAACUGAAACAACUGGAGCAAGAGAUCAAUGAUCUGAGGAAGGGAGACGCUGAGCUGGAACAGCUUUCACACACAAGAGAUCACAUCCUUUACCUGCAGAUUUCCCAGGCUCUAUCGGCACUAGCUGAAACUACAGACAUGGCCAACAUUCCCUUCAGUUCUCUCUUCUGUUUUGAUGGUGUGAGAGAAUAUAUCCAACAGUUGAGAGGCAAAUUGGAGGAUUUCUGCAAAGAUGAGCUCAAAAAGACCUCUGACAGAGUCACAUUCACCAACAUUGUUCCCUUGACCAGGAAUGACUUCUUACAAUAUUCCCAUCAGCUCACUCUGGAUCUGAACACAGUGAGUAAAUUCCUCCAUUUGUCUAAGAGGAACAGAGUGAUUACCUUCAGUAAAACCUUCCUGCCGUAUCCUAAUCAUCCAGAGAGAUUUGAUCAUGUGUGUCAGGUGUUGUGUAGAGAGAGUGUGUGUGGACGCUGUUACUGGGAGAUUGAGUGGAGUGGACGAGAUGGGGUGCAUGUAUCAAUCUCAUAUAAGAGCAUCAGCAGGAAGGGAGACAGUUGUAAGAGCUGGUUUGGACGUAAUGAUCAGUCCUGGAGUUUGUACUGCUCUCCUGACAGAUUCUCAUUCAUACACAAUGACAUACAGACUGAUCUCCCUUUGAAUCCCAUCAGCAGUAGAAUAGGAGUGUAUGUGGAUCACAGUGCAGGAACUCUGUCCUUCUACAGCGUCUCGGACACAAUGAGUCUCAUCCACACAGUCCAGACCACAUUCACACAGCCGCUCUAUCCUGGGUUUAUCACUUCUUUUGGAUCAUAUGUGAAACUGUGUUGAUAAAUCAGAAACGAUUCUAGAAAGAUUCUAGCCAUACUCAGUGUUGGGAUGUAACAAAAUACAUGCAAAAUCCCCCGUGUUAAAUGUGCACUGCUCUGCAUCUGUCCAUUCUCAGAGUGUUAAAAGUAACACUGAAGCAGUGGUUAGUUCACUUUACACAGUAUUUCACUAGAAAGAAUCUCCAACAACUCGGUCUCAUUUGCAAAACACAUACACAACGGCGAUAAGGGAAUUAAUUAAAUUUAUUCAUUUAAAAGACGCUUCUAUCCAAAGCGACUUACACUAUGCACUAUUCAAGCUAACAGUUUUUACCUAACGUGUUCCUUGGGAAUCGAACCCACAACCUUGCGCUGCUAACGCAAUGCUCUACCACUUGAGCCACAAGAAUGACUUAAGAUUACAACUCCUGCCUCUGAAAUUUCCCUUCCCUUGUAUCUUGCUCUCUCAUUGGCUGUAGGUCAUAUGUAUACAUUAUGAUCUAUGUAUACAUUAUGAUUGAAUACAUAUACUCCAUAUAAUCAUAAUUGAAUCUAGAUUUAAAAUGACCAAAGAGAAAGCCAAACUGGGCCACAAUUACCCAGCAUGUCUUCACGCAGAAAUCAGCGCAUUGUCCUUGGCAAAUCCAGCCCAUGAGUUCACCCAUGAAUGUUAAGCUGAGGUCAGGGCCCUAAAUUAGUCUAAAUAAUAAAUAAAACAUGAAAGAAGCAAAUAAUAAUAGAUCUUAUUGAGUAUACGUACUGCAAAUGCAUUUAACAAUUAAUCUUUCAUUUUUUCU